AUGCGACGUUGAAACUGUAAAACGAAAGUGAACGAGUGACGCUGGUUUCAGAGCAGACGAAGACACGAUGGUACCCGGCCUAACAAGUGCUAUCCCGAGAUUUUUCUCUUUGCUUUAGUUUAUUUUUUAUAAUUAUUGUGAAUGUAACAUGAUCGGAUAUCGGUAGGCUAAAAUGGCAGCUGAAAACUACGUGGCUAAACUAAACGAAUAUGCUCAGAAACAUCGCUCUGUGCUGCGAUAUGAGGAAGUUGGAUCUGUUGGUCCUGAUCACAUUAAAACGUUUACUUUAAGAGCGAUCGUGAACAACAAGGUGUUUCCCGAUGGCGUGGGGCACAAUAAGAAGGAGGCCAAACAGAAAGCAGCUCAAAAGGCCCUGAGAUGCCUGUUGGAGGAAUCAGCUGAUUGUACAGAAAAUGUAGCAGAUGCUUCCACUUCACCGGUUCAACAGACGAGCAUCAUUAACAACCGUUUUGUCUGUUGGCUCAAUGAAUACGGUAACAGGAACAAGGUGUUGAUACGGCCUGUGGAGUCAACCCAACUGGGACCAAACAAUGCUUCUUAUUGCUGCAGCUUUUGGGUUGGUGAGAAGGAGUUUCCAGUUGGCUAUGGUAAAACAAAGAGGGAAGCCAAGGAGGAAGCAGCGAAGCUUGCACAUCACGCGAUAUGUGACAGUAAAGCUACAGAGACUGGAGAUUGGAAAUACGGUGGCACAUCAAGCCAGCAAAAUGAGGAAGCCAAACAAGAUGAAAUCUGGGAUAAGACCAACAGACUCAGUGUAAAGGCAGAAGGUGGAAACUUCAUUGGCAUGGUCAACCAGUACUGUCAGAAAACACAGCGCUCCCACAGUUACGUCUUAGAGAAAAGAUGCGGUGAAGCACACAGCCCCCAAUUCUUCUACAAGUUAGAGAUCGACAACAAGGAGUACCCUGUGGGUGAGGGGAAGACUGCGAAAGAAGCUAAACAAAAUGCAGCUCAGCUGGCCUGGGCUGCUCUUCAAGAGCAGACCGACUUCGAAAGCAAGGUAACUGAGUCCGACGAGGGUGCGCCAGCCAGUCUGCCCACACCGUCAAACUCACCAAUUGAUGCACAGUCAAAACGAAUCCAGGCAGCUAAAAGUGACUCAGGGGUUUUCAGCAAUUCACCGAAACCUCCCAAAGAUCAGGAUCAAAGUCCCAAAGUGAAGCCCAAAAUAAGACUUGCAGCAAAUUUCCAAAAUGCGCACAGGCAAAGCAAAGAGGUUGUAACUAGUUUCAAUGGAAAGACUCCAGGGAACAGUCCGUGUAAGGAAACACCAGCCCAGUCAGAAAUGUCAAGAUUUACAAAGGAGUAUGACUGCAUAGUGAGUAUCGGCAAAGGAGCCUUUGGUCAGGUUUUCAAGGCAAGAGAAAUACUGCUGAACAAGAACUGUGCUAUAAAAAUCGUCCGCUGCAAAGGAAAAUCUCUGCGAGAGGUGGGAGCAUUAUCCGACCUCCAUCACUGUAAUAUUGUGCGAUACUACACAUGUUGGACAGAGGAUUCCAGUUACCAAAUGGACAGUACGUCUGACAGUAGCAGUGCUUCUCAGUCAAGUGGUAAUUCAUCGGUCAAGUACCUCUACAUUCAGAUGGAGUUGUGUGACACUAAAACACUCAGACUGUGGAUCGAUGAGAAAGACACUCAGAAUGUGAAGAAAUCUUUGCGAGACUCUAAGAGAAGGGAAGAGAGUAAAACCAUCGCUAAGCAAAUAGUCAGUGGAGUUGAUUACAUUCACUCUAAGAUGCUCAUCCACAGAGACCUGAAGCCUGCCAACAUCCUGUUUGGGCAGGACAGACAAGUUAAGAUCGGAGACUUUGGUCUGGUCACUGCUGAGAAUGACGAUGAUGCUGACAACCUGAUCGAGAGAACGGAGUACAAAGGAACCCCAUCCUACAUGGCUCCUGAGCAGAAGAGCAGGAGCACUUAUGACAGAAAAGUGGAUAUAUUUGCUUUGGGGUUGAUUUAUUUUGAACUUCUUUGGAACCUGUCAGGAGAGAGGAAACUGAUUUGGGACGAUGCCCGAAACCAGAAGCUUCCUCAAGGAUUUUCUCAAAAUUUUCCCCAAGAGAGUCAAAUUAUAAAGUCAAUGCUGAGUUUGAAGCCAGAGGACCGACCUGAGGCUGGUAAACUGAAGAAGGACAUAGAGGAGUGCACCCAUACAUUCACUACACCCAAAAAUAUGCCUAAUGAAAGUAAUACUAUGGCCACUAGAAACUACCUAGCUGAGCUUAACGAGUACGCACAGAAAACAGAUUCCGAGGUGAGUUUUGAAGAGGUGAGCUCCGAGGGACCCGACCAUGAGAAGAAAUUCACCCAGAGAGUAGUCUGCAACGGUGAGGUGUAUCGCAAAGGUGUGGGGAGGAGCAAGAAGGAAGCCAAGCGUAAUGCUGCUGAACAUGCCUUGAAAGGCUUGUUGGAGAAUGAACCUGCCAGCAAUGUGGGAAAUAGCCUGAGUCUGAAUGACAACAGCGUUGGAAAGACAAAUUUCAAAGGAAUUCUCAACCACUACUGUCAGAAAAAAAGCCUCGUCCAUAAUUACCUCCAAGUGAAAAGAAGCGGUCUACCACAUUGUCCCCAAUUCACCUACAAAGUAGUAAUUGAAGACAAGGAGUACCCUGAAGGGAAGGGUAAUACUAUCAAGCAAGCCCAACAAAAUGCUGCUCAGCAGGCCUGGUCUGCUCUUCAAGAGCAGUCCGACUGGGACAGCAAGGUUUCCUUGAGGUCCACUGUGUCCGAAGAUGAUAAUCCCCCCAUGAUGUCAUCAACUUCAACCUCGCCUUCAACAUCGAUCUCGACAUCAACUUCACUGGCCCCCAGGAUGUCGUCAUCACAAAGCGAACCAAUGAGUACAAGUGACUCCAUAGUAUUCAAUAACUCAUCAAACCCUCACAGUGAUCAGGUUGCUGUGGAAAGCGAGGGUAGGGCCGAUAGUGUGAGUAACAAACCAACCAGGUCCAGAUUUACAUCAGAGUUUGAUUCCAUAAAGUUUCUUGGGGGAGGAGGCUAUGGUCGGGUGUACGAAGUAAGAGAAAUACUGGUGAACAAGAAGUAUGCCGUCAAGAUUGUCCGUGGUGAAGAAAAAGCUCUGCGAGAGGUGAAUGCAUUAACAGUCCUUGCUGAUAACAACAUUGUGCGAUACUACAAUUGUUGGAUGGAGGAUACAGGUUACAUGCAGGACAGCUCAGCAGACAGUAGCUCUUCUCAGUCAAGUGGUAAUUCAUCGGUUGAGUACCUCUACAUUAAGAUAGAGUUGUGUGACACCAAAACACUUAGACACUGGAUCGAUGAGAAGAAUGCAAAAACUCUGCAAGAUACCAACAGACGACAGGAGAGUCUACCCAUCGCUCAACAAAUAGUCAGUGGAGUCGAGUACAUUCACUUAAAAAAAUUCAUCCACAGGGAUCUGAAGCCUGCCAACAUCCUGCUUAGACCGGAUGGAGAAGUGAAGAUUGGAGACUUUGGUCUGGUCACUGUUGAUGAUGUCGAUGAUAAAAACCCAAUGGAGAGAACUAACGAAACAGGAACCCCUUCUUACAUGGCUCCAGAACAACUUGAGAACAUCUAUGACCGGAAGGUGGACAUAUUCGCCUUUGGGCUGAUAUACUUUGAACUCCUCUGGAAAGUCUCUUCUGGCCAUGAAAGGGGGAAGGUUUUAAGAGAUGCCAGAAAUCAGAAGUUCCCCAGAGAGUUUCCGCUUACUUUUCCUCAAGAGGAACAAAUAAUGAGGUCAAUGCUGUGUAAGGAGCCAAAACAACGACCUGAAGCAAGUGCUCUGAAGGCAGAGCUGGAAAAGUUGGCCCACAUUCUCAACCCUGAAAAAACUGAACAUCAUCGAAAUGUAACAGUCUGACAGUCACACACGCAGGAGGUUAUAAACAUCUGUCUCCUCUGAUUAUACAUUUAGAUGUUUUAUGAUUUUGUUGGCAAACAGUUGAUGGAUUUUAUUGUGCUUUAACCUGAGAUCUGUAGCUUACAAACACACCGGUGUAAUGCAGUUACUGAAGUCACUUUGGUUAAAAGCAUCAGCUAAAUGAAAUGUAAUGUAAUGAAAUCUCACAUAGCUAUGACAAUGGGUUGCAGUUUUGGGUUGUUUCGUGGGGCUUGUCGUACAAACAGUAGCAUGAAUGAAAUAUAAAAUCAAUUUUAUCACGACCCCCGGAAACUAUCAUGUGGGGGCUGGAUCUCCAGGUUGAUUACAAGUGUACUAAAUAAAGGGAUGACUAUUAGGGGAACUCCGUGUUAGCCCCCCCCCCCCCCCCAGACUGCUCGGAACCUGGGUGUGACACUUGACAGUCAACUCUCCCUUAGCGCCAACAUUGCUGCAGCAACACGCUCCUGUAGAUUCAUGCUGCACAACAUCAGGAGAAUACGUCCCCUUCUCACUCAGAAGGCGGCGCAGGCUCUGGUCCAGGCUCUUGUCAUCUCACGCCUAGACUAUUGUAACUCUCUCCUGGCAGGUCUACCUGCUAGCACCAUCUGACCUCUGCAGCUCAUCCAGAAUGCAGCAGCUCGCCUGGUCUUUAACCUAAAUUCACUCACACUACGCGACUCCUCCACUCCCUUCACUGGUUACCAGUAUCCGUUUCAAAACAUUAGUAUUUGCGUACCAUGCAGCGAACAGAUCGUGUCCAGUCUACAUCCAGGACAUGGUCAAACGUUACACCCCAGCCCAUUCACUUCGCUCUGCAUCUGCCAAUUGGCAUCUGCCAAUCGGCUUGUGGCUCACUGCGAGCUAAACACAAAAUCACGACUCUUUGCUUUCCUGGCUCCUGAAUGGUGGAAUGAGCUCCCCAGUUACAUCAGGACAGCAGAAGGUCUAUACAUCUUCCGCCGCAAACUAAAAACACACCUCUUCAGACUAUACUUUGAAUAAAAGUUUAAACUAACAAUUUAGCAGCACUUAAAUGGUACUUACUUAUAGCACUUUGUAGUUUGGCUUUCUUGAAGAAAAAAAAACGUUUUGAUUCUUGUUGUUACGGGUUUGUACCCUCAUGGUUGAAUGCACUUAUGUUAAUCGCUUUGGUGGAAGCGUCAGCUAAAUGAAAUGUAAUGUAAUGUAAUCAAGAGAUAUUUUAUGAUGAGAUAUAUUAAUGAUGGAAAUGUCUUUUAUGUUAUAUAAAAGUGUUUUAAAUCAGC